GUACGAAAAUCUCAGCAAGCCAUAAGAAAAUAAAAGCGAGAGAGAGAGAGAGAGAGAGCGAGCGAUAUUCCCACGGCUCUCGAAAAGGAGCAAACUCGAACGGCGAUGAGGAGGAGGAGGAGGAGCGUGUUCUCACCUGGCAACUCCGGCAUUUAGGUUCGGGAAGAGCGAGCGAGAGAAAGACGUCGUAAUAGAUUCAUUCGGGAACGAGUUUGUUCGGAUGGCGCGGAAGCCGAAAAAGAAGCCGGCCGGGACGAAUGUUGAACUGGAUUUGAAGGACGGGGAGAAUCGAGAUGUAGGAGAGACGACGGUGGAAAGUCCUGAAGAGGAGAAGAGGGAACUAGGUCGGGCGGAGUCGGGUGAGCGGAAAGGCAUCCAGGGGGAGGACGGUGACGACGAGGAGGAGUACUAUGAGGAUUACGAUGAAGCUUAUGAGGAGGCCCUCGCAGAAGCAGAUGCGGAUGCGGAUGCGGAUGCAUCGUCUUCCGAGGGUUCGCCCCCUUCCUCUCCUGGCCCUCCCCCUGUACGAUAUGAACCUCUGCCUUCCCCUCCUUCCUCCAAGGAUGAUUCUGCGUCCGACAAGCCUCUUCGAGUUUACGCAGAUGGCAUUUACGACCUCUUUCAUUUUGGUCACGCCCGAUCUCUCGAGCAGGCGAAGAAGUCGUUUCCGAAUGUCUACCUUCUGGUUGGAUGCUGUAGCGAUGCUCUAACUCAUAUGCACAAAGGAAAAACUGUUAUGAAUGAAGCCGAGCGUUACGAAUCACUUCGACAUUGCAAGUGGGUAGACGAGGUAAUUGAAAAUGCACCUUGGGUCAUCACAGAGGAGUUUCUCGAGAAGCACAAGAUCGACUUCGUUGCUCACGAUGCUCUCCCGUAUGCGGAUGCAACUGGUGCUGGCAAGGAUGUAUACGAAUUCGUUAAAAAGGCUGGAAAGUUUAAAGAGACAAAACGCACUGAUGGAGUUUCAACCUCGGAUUUGAUCAUGCGAAUCGUUAAAGAUUACAAUGAAUAUGUUUUGCGGAAUCUUGCUCGUGGAUAUACCCGUAAAGAUCUUGGUGUUAGUUAUGUAAAGGAAAAACAGUUGCAAGUAGGGUUGGGUAUUAACAAAUUGCGUCAGAAGGUGAAGGAGCAGCAGGAACGUGUGGGUCAAAAGUUAAAUACGGUGGCCAGUGUAGCAGACUUGAAUGAAUGGGUAGAAAAUGCUGACCGUUGGGUGAGUGGCUUCUUGGAGAAGUUCGAGGAAGGAUGCCAUGUCAUGGAAUCGGCAAUCAAAUCACAAAUUCAAAAAGGUCUAUUACUGCAGCAGUCACAGAUUAAACAGCGAACGGAUAAGUUCUUGACCAAUGGAACAAAGACUGGCAAGGAGGGGAGCUCACACCCAAAGAGGAGCGUGUCAAAGGGACAUACGAAGUCAUCUACUUUUUAGGAGAUGCCUUUGAGAAAAACUAACUUGUACUCUUUAAACGUUCAGACUCGUGAAGGAAUCCUGUUAUGCACUACCCUCAACUUUGCAACUAUUUCUGGAAAUAUAGGAUUUUCUAUGUGUUGACGAGAAGAAGUUCAAUACUAGUUAAAUUUUGUCCUUAGCUGUUGAGGUUAAGUUCCUCUCUGUCAGAGAGAUUAUAACUCUUCUGUUUAAGUGUCCAAACGUUUGUUUCACUAUCAUAUGCCCAACGUUCUGAAUUUCAUUUGUUUUUUGUAAAUGUUUCUUCAAUAUUAUGAUUUCCCAUGCUUAUGUGCU